UUACGACAGUGCUGUGCGCCGAUACGCCAUCGCUACCGAGUGAAGUGCGUCUCUCUGGAGCAGAUACCGGCUGAGAGAAACGCAGCAACAAGAGAAAGAAACAUAUUCCGUGCUUGUUUCCCACCGGGCCUGUCUCAGAGCACGGCGCGCUGUCAGAUUCUGAAACGAAAGCUCGAUGUGGAAGCUGGGCUGAAGAAAGGAAGGGCCACGCUGGAGAAGAAGGCAACUAGCCGAAUUACCACAGCGAGCUCGAGCUGGAGGAUCAGAGUUACCUCCCAGACGACGCUUUAAAAAAGAAAAGGGGGAAAAAGGAGCAAGGAAAACGGAUUUAAGUGAGCCAACCGGCGGUAAAAAUGGACUAUGAUUUUAAAGUGAAGCUGACCGGCGAAAGAGAGCGUGUGGAGGACCUGUUUGAGUACGAAGGAUGUAAAGUGGGCAGAGGCACCUACGGUCAUGUGUAUAAGGCGAAGAGAAAAGAUGGGAAGGACGAUAAGGACUACGCCCUCAAGCAGAUUGAAGGCACUGGCAUCUCCAUGUCAGCCUGCAGAGAGAUUGCAUUGCUGCGGGAGCUGAAACACCUAAAUGUCAUCUCACUGCAGAAAGUUUUUCUGUCACAUGCAGACCGUAAAGUAUGGCUGCUGUUUGAUUACGCUGAACAUGACCUCUGGCACAUUAUUAAGUUUCACAGAGCGUCCAAGGCAAACAAGAAGCCGCUUCAGUUACCCAGAGGAAUGGUGAAGUCUCUGCUCUACCAGAUCCUGGAUGGCAUACAUUACCUUCACGCCAACUGGGUCCUCCACAGAGACCUUAAGCCAGCUAACAUUUUAGUGAUGGGGGAAGGACCAGAGAGGGGAAGAGUAAAGAUUGCCGACAUGGGGUUUGCCCGUCUCUUCAAUUCACCGUUGAAGCCUUUAGCCGAUCUUGACCCCGUGGUGGUCACGUUCUGGUACAGAGCACCUGAACUGCUGCUGGGAGCUCGGCACUACACCAAAGCCAUCGACAUCUGGGCGAUUGGGUGCAUCUUUGCAGAACUGCUGACGUCUGAGCCUAUUUUCCACUGUCGUCAAGAGGACAUAAAGACAAGUAACCCUUACCACCACGACCAGCUGGAUCGCAUCUUUAACGUCAUGGGCUUUCCUGCUGAUAAAGACUGGGAGGAUAUCAAAAAGAUGCCUGAACACUCUACGCUGAUGAAAGACUUUAGAAGGAACACAUACACAAACUGCAGUCUUAUAAAGUACAUGGAAAAACACAAAGUCAAACCAGACAGCAAAGCAUUCCACUUGCUGCAGAAGCUGUUAACAAUGGACCCCAUCCGUAGAAUCACAUCGGAGCAGGCCAUGCAGGACCCCUACUUUUUGGAGGAGCCCUUGCCUACCUCUGAUGUAUUUGCAGGUUGCCAGAUACCUUACCCCAAGAGGGAGUUCCUGACAGAAGAAGAGCCAGAGGAUAAGGCAGACAAAAAAAACCAGCAGCAGCAACAGGGCAACAACCACACAAAUGGGGCUGGUCACACUGGCAACCCUGAAAAUAGCCAUGCCCAAGGCCCCCCACUGAAGAAAGUGCGAGUUGUUCCACCCACCACUACCUCAGGUGGCUUCAUCAUGACCUCAGACUACCAGCGCUCUAAUCCACAUGCUGCCUACCAGAACCCUGGACCAAGCACAUCACUGCCCCAAAGCAGCAUGGGAUACUCCUCUACCUCCCAACAACCACCCCAGUAUUCCCAUCGCUACUGAGACUCUCCACACACACACACACCCCUCACCAUCACCAUGCCCACCUGAAAGAAUGUACUGUGGGAUGCGGGGAUGUUCCUGGCAAAAGCUGCCGCCCCUCCCCCAUCCACUCCCCCAGAGAGGGCACCUUCUCUACAGCAGUGAGUUAGGCCAGAAUGACAAUGAUCCACACAUCUCUAAAAUAACACACCAUAACCCCAGUAUUAAAAGCACCGCUAUAUAGCAAAACCCGAUGGCUAAACGUCAAGGCAAGAGAAUGAGAAGUUAUAACCAUAAUGCUUAUGCUCCUGUUAUUUGGGUUGUGGUUGGGGUUAAUUGGUGAACAUAGCAAGAGCAUCCGAUGCAUUUUUGUUGCUCAGAUAUAAACUGAACCAAGAGAAGGUGACUUGUUUUCGGGGACAUGUCAGUGUGUUGUCAUCAUCCUCCCCAUUCCUGUUGAAGCUUGGAUAAGACUGAAAGCUGCUAUGUGACUGCCACCAUUGACGGAGUCCAUUAUUUUAGUUUAGUUUUGUUUUUUGUGUCUGUGGCCCUGUGAGGGCCUCAGUUGAGGAUUUAAUUGAGCUGCUGUGAACCAUGCUGGGAGGAUGUGGAGUUGCCACGGCUGUGGCAUUGAGGGUUUUGUUCCGAAAUGACGGGGAAAAAGUAGUACUUUAUAAUUUAAUCUGUUCUCAUGGUUUUGUUUUCAUAGCAAGAGCGGCAAAGCAGUAUGCGAUGACUGAGCAAUCAGGCGCUGUACGCUGUGGCCGAGCCUUACAACAUGACAAAAUCAACCAAUAGCAUGGAGGAUAGCAGACGGAACAUGCAUUGUACUGUAUUGUAUUGAAAUAUUUUACAUGAAGCAAGUAUCCUGACAAUAAAAGUAGAAACAUUGAU